UUAGUGUGAUGAUCAGAAUCAACAGGAGUUAUAUGGAAUAACCACCCACCAAAACACGUCUGCACGUACUGGGAGAACGUUGGAAGAUUAACAACGUAAUGCUUUCGGAACACCUUGAUAACCCGACCUGGUGAUAAUGCACUGGUAAUCACCUGUUAUCCUUACUCUGACCAUUCCGGGUUAGAUCACUGCGGAUUCUCAUCAUGCCCUUUCCUUUGAACACAACGGACACCGCCCUCGUCAUAUCGCCGUCCGAAUUCCGCAUCAUAGGAAUCUUUAUUUCUAUUUGUUGUAUAAUAGGUGUCCUCGGAAAUUUACUGAUAAUCAUCGUUUUUGCUAAAAGGAGGUCCGUCCGACGACCAAUUAAUUUCUUUGUCCUAAAUCUGGCCGUGAGUGACCUGAUCGUUGCCCUGCUCGGGUAUCCUAUGACUGCAGCGUCUGCAUUCUCCAACAGAUGGAUAUUUGACAACAUCGGCUGCAAGAUUUACGCCUUCCUGUGUUUCAACUCGGGAGUGAUCAGCAUCAUGACACACGCUGCUCUCAGCUUUUGUCGUUAUAUCAUCAUUUGUCAGUAUGGUUACCGUAAAAAGAUAACACAGACGACAGUGUUACGAACUCUGUUCUCAAUCUGGUCCUUUGCCAUGUUCUGGACUUUAUCUCCACUCUUUGGCUGGUCUUCCUACGUCAUAGAAGUGGUGCCCGUGUCCUGUAGCGUGAACUGGUAUGGACAUGGACUUGGUGACGUCAGCUAUACCAUAUCCGUCAUCGUGGCAGUAUAUGUUUUCCCGUUGAGCAUCAUUGUUUUCUCCUAUGGAAUGAUCUUACAGGAGAAGGUAUGCAAAGAUUCCCGAAAGAACGGCAUUCGCGCCCAGCAAAGAUAUACACCCCGCUUUAUACAAGACAUUGAACAACGCGUAACAUUCAUCAGUUUCCUGAUGAUGGCGGCGUUCAUGGUAGCAUGGACACCAUACGCAAUCAUGUCAGCCUUGGCUAUUGGUAGUUUCAACGUCGAGAACAGUUUUGCCGCUCUUCCGACGUUAUUCGCCAAAGCAUCGUGUGCAUAUAAUCCUUUCAUAUACGCCUUCACCAAUGCGAAUUUCCGCGACACUGUGGUUGAGAUAAUGGCACCCUGGACGACACGCAGGGUGGGAGUGUCCACGUUACCAUGGCCACAGGUGACGUAUUACCCACGUCGUCGCACUAGUGCUGUAAACACUACUGACAUCGAGUUUCCCGACGAUAACAUAUUUAUAGUGAAUUCUUCUGUUAAUGGCCCAACCGUUAAACGAGAAAAAAUAGUACAAAGGAAUCCCAUAAAUGUGCGACUAGGCAUUAAAAUUGAGCCUCGAGAUUCAAGGGCUGCAACAGAGAACACAUUUACCGCAGACUUUUCUGUGAUAUGACACUUGCUGACAAGAAAUUAAAUAGCUACCUGCUUACUUUUCAUAUAAUACACACUUUCAAUUAUGGUUUGAAAUGCACCUUUUUAACAUUGAUGAAGGUAUGCAACACAGUUCCGUUCAAACUAUAUUCCAUGAUGCGCGUUUUAACAUUUAUGAGAGUAUAUGCAACACAGUUCCGUUCAAACAUAUUUCAUGAUGCGCUUUAUUUAAAAUUAAGAACAAAUAAUAACAUGUCUCCCUUCUUCAGCUCAGUAAAUUAGCGUAUACGCAGUGAAAAAGUCUCGGCGAAUUGAUACUUGUUUCAAAUAUGGGCGGCGCCGUUAACGCUUCAGCGAGAUAACAGUCCAAUGACAACCAAUGCUUGGUUAAUUCACCAUCUAGAUACAAAGAACAUAUUCGGGAUCCAUUAUGUCUAAUCAAAC